AUGUCUUCCAUUCAGAACCAACACACUUACACCCUUAGAAAUUGUGCGGGAGGUACUGUUAUGGACCUUUCUGGUAGAGACAAAUACUCCAUCAUUGGUUUCAACAACAACAAUGGUACCAACCAGGCGUGGAUCUUCCAAGAGAAUGAUGAUGGCUGGUUCAUCAAGUCCGUCUACAAUGAUAGAUAUCUUGGGAUCGAAGUCGAUCCAGCCCAUGGCACCAGGCUUGUCGCUGGCCCGUCCCCUUGCAAGUGGGACAUCAGAGACUCUGACGUCCAAGGCUUCGAAGGCAUUAGGAUAUUGCUCCAUGGCCAAACUUUGAGCGUGGAGCUGUCAGACUACGGAAAUGCGAAAGGAGGCACACCAAUUCGACUUGCGAUCAGUUGGCAUGGCUCCAAUCAGAUCUGG